AUGGCUACACCAAGAUUCCAGAAAGCAAGCUUUGGGACCUCUGGUAAUUACAUUCCAGUCAGUGAAUUAAACAGAAAAUCAUGGAAUCAGCAAUACUUUACUCUGGCAUUUCCCAAACCACCACGGCCAGGAAAAAAAAGGAGAUCAAUGCCUUCCCAAAUACGAGAAAAUAAAAUUCCUGAAUAUGAUGCAGGCAAAUUAAGAGGAGUUCAUAGACGACCAUUAUGGAUGCACCGUUCUUUAAUGACAAUUUCCGAACAACCAUCUGCUUAUUUAGCUGUCAGGACUCAGCCUUCAUCUAAGUCAGCUGGUCUGCCAAAGAAAGAUGCUGAAGCAGCUGGUGUAGGGACGCCCUUAUCUACAGCAAUAGAUAAGAAAGAUAGAGAAGACAAGGCAGAAAAGAAGGACAAAUCAGAUUCAGAAGCAGAAUCUACAGCUUUACAGGAGGUAAAAAAGAAAGAUUCAAAGAAAGACAAGGGUAUAGAAACAGGAACUAAAGGUGAAAAAGACAUUGAAAAACCAGAUGCCAAAAAAGGUAAAAGUUCAAAGAAGGGCAAAGAGUCAGCUACAGAAUCUGAGGAUGAGAAAAAAGAUGAAAAGAAAGAUGCCAAAAAAGAUAAAGGUACAAAGAAGGGCAAAGAGUCAUCUACAGAAUCUGAGGAUGAGAAAAAAUAUGCAAAGAAAGAUUCCAAAAAAGAUAAAGGUGCAAAGAAGGGCAAAGAGUCAGCUACAGAAUCUGAGGAUGAGAAAAAAGAUGCAAAGAAAGAUUCCAAAAAAGAUAAAGGUACAAAGAAGGGCAAAGAGUCAGCUACAGAAUCUGAGGAUGAGAAAAAGGAUGCAAAGAAAGAUGCCAAAAAAGAUAAAGAUGCAAAGAAGGGUAAGGGGUCACCUACAGAAUCUGAAGCUGAAAAAAAGGAUGAAAAGAAAGAUUCCAAAAAAGAUAAAGGGUCAAAGAAGGGAAAGGGGUCAUCUCCAGAAUCUGAAGGUGAUAAAACAGAUGCAAAGAAGGAUAAGGAUGAGAAAAAAGACAAAAAGAAAGCCGGUGAGAAGGGUGAUGAAGCAAAGGACAAGAAAAAUGCAAAGGAGAAGGGGGAUAAAAAGGAUAAGAAAGACGACAAGAAGGCCGCUAAGGCAGAUAGCAAAUCAAAGGAAGAUGUCUCAAAAGAUACUGCCACAGAAUCUGCUGAUGCAAAGAAGGAUGCAAAGAAGGAUGCAAAGAAAGAUGCAAAGAAGGAGGCAAAGAAGGAGGCAAAGAAGGAGGCAAAGAAGGGCAAGUAG